AUAAUACAAACUCUACACAGAGUAAACUAAUAUACUCUAUAGAAACAUUUGCGAAAGAAAAUAAAUGAGUUACAUGAUGGACCGAAUAGAGAAACUGUUGAACCAAGAAAAAGAUAUAUCGCAUUUAUCCAAUGUGAACCGUAUGUCAUCUCAGUAUACUGUUGUCAACCAGAAGCAGAUACCAGACUAUCUAGUCAACGAUUUGGUGAACGAAGUCUGCGCUGUGAUCAAAACGAGCCAUGGUGCUAAAAUUAGCAGCAGUGAUUGCCAAGUCGUUUCGAAAAUACAUAAGAAAUUGGACGACCGUAAUGAUGUUGAUUUUGUUGAUGACGAUGAUGACGAUGAUGACGAUGAUGACGAUUUGGAUCCGCGUCUCAAAUGUUGGAAGAAAAUGCUGCGUGAGCGUAAAUUGGUCCAAAGACGCAUUGAGCGAGAAACUGGCAAGCGAGCCGAGGAUGUGCUCUUCAACCGUCAUGCGACCAUUGAUGAGCAGAUGAAACGGAUGCUGCUGCGACUAAUUGACACGGCCGAGCGCAGCGAAGGUGUGCCACCAACCCGACCAAAAGCUGUCCUCAAGAUGCAGUAUGAUGCGGCGCAGUGCCGAAUAAACCCCGAAUUGGCCGCUGCCGAACCUCGCCUGAGAGUGCUGGAGUUUGUGGGCUUGGCGGAGGUGUCACAAAUCGAGUUGGCAGAUACAUUACACCCAGCCGAGAGUAAAUGGCUGCGCUCUGAGGCACUAGGACAGCGGAUCGAGGAGCAGGAGGAAAAUAUUUUGCAUGUCAUAAGCCAUUGUCCACAGUUCGAUCAAUUGCAGGUUGCAUCGGUGUCGAAGCGCUGCAAAGAGAAAGUACUAGAAAGCAAAACAAUUGGCGAGGAGGUUAUCUACGAGGUGUCAACCGAUACAGUCCAAGAGCCAACAGCAACGUCACUGCUAUCGCAACCAAAAGAGCCAAUCAAGGCCAGCAUGGGGACUUCAUCAAUGAUCGAUUUUAACAAAACUCAGAUGUUCAAUGAGAUAAAAAUUAACGGACGUAUCUAUGGCUUUGGCUUUGACCAUGGCAUAUUUACCAGCGACUUGCAGCUAUAUUUCCAAUGUGAUCCGCAUCAGCGCAUGCGCAAGACUAUUGUCCAUUUGGAGAACAUCGGCAAUUAUAUCUUGCAGAUGCGCUGGCAGGCAUGCUCCAUCUAUAAGAAGGAGCUGCAGCAGCAUUUGGUCUUGAACAGUGAGUUCCUGUUCGACAUACAACCAUUUGUGUUGCUACCUGGAGCAGAACGUCGCAUAGAUGUUAUGUACCAGCCCACGAGGGUGGGCAUUAAGAAGCAACGCUGGUGCUUAACCAUGAUACGUUCUUCCAGCUGUGGGAUACGACGUCUAUAUGUGCACUUCCAUGGCUUCUGCACAAUUCCCGUUGCCUAUCGCGAGCGAAUCGAACGGGAUCAACAGUUGAUUCUGAGCAAGCAGCAUCGCCAGCUUACCGAGCGGCUGGCUAGAAUACAUGCGGAGCUGGCGCCCAUUGUGGAGAAUUGCAAUUUGAUGUGUCCCUAUGAGCGUCAAUUGGACGAACGUGAGAUAUUUAGUGCCCAAAAUCCUGGCUUCAAAGUUGAGCGUUACGCAGAUCUGGAGACGCUCAAGGAGCUCUAUAUGCUAGUCAAAAAACCACGUCAGCCAGCCUGGGACUUAAGUCUGGACACAUUGAGGCAGUGCAUCUAUCAGCACAAGGCUCAGCAACGCGAAACUCUGCAGGCAAUACUUGUCGAACUGCUGGCUCCAAUGCGGUGCAAUUCUGACCAUAUCUACGAGGACCAACACUUGACCCAGCAACAGGAGCGUUCGUGCUUUCUCUAUGUGCGCGGCAUCAUCAGCAGCACGAUUGAGAAUUGGGAGACAAUGAGCGACGGAUUGGGCCAGCAAUUUUUCAAAUCCGAAUUGCAAGUUUAUCUCAAUGAAUUAAGAGAGAAGGGCGAAAAGAUGCCCGUUGAUUCGCUAUAUGUGGAAUGGCUAGUCUCCAGAAAGGUGAUACACAGCAAAUACUUUAAGGAUUCUCUUUUUAUACAAACCUAUACACUGGUCUGUGAUGCUGCCGAAAAUAUUGUGUCUGCCAUUGAGAGCACUAAAAAAGUUUAAAAUUUUAUUCAAAAU